UGCAAUAAUCAAGACAAGAAGAUAUAAAAGUGUGGAUUAGCAUCUCCAUCUCAGAAUGCGACAAAACUGGACACAGUUUUGCAAUGUUUUUUAGAUGAUAAAAACAAGAGCGAACCAGUGACCCGACAUGUGAGUCAAGGGAUAAAACCGGGUCUAGAGUUACCCCGAGGUUCCUGACAGACGGCUUGAUGAAGGAAACAAGUGAACCAAGUCAUUGGACUAUCUGGGGGAGGCAACUGUCAGGAGCACAGACUAGGACCUCAGUUUUGGUUUAAUUUAGUUGGAGAAAGUUGUUAUUCAUCCAACUCUUGACUGAAUCCAACUCUUGAAUAUUAUUUUUAACCACAUGAGUCACAAAAGUUUGUGGAGUCAGACCUAAUAUCUCACAUAGAAAUAAAGGGUAACUGGCUUGCUAGUAAACAAGCGGUGGUUACUUGGUGAAUUGACCUGGCUCCAGUCACUUUUACUGGAUUUAGUCUAGAAGUCAAAACAAGAACUGGAAUCUAACUUUGGAAUGUUGUUGCAACAUUUUAUUUUAUGAAUUAUAUAUCACGAACCCAAUCAUGUUAUACUUGUUUUUUUUUUUUUUUUCCGUCUAGAUUUAUCAUCUGAAGAAACCUCUCAUCACAAGAUGCCAAACUGCUCCUUAGAGAUCCUCAACCAAACUGGAACCACAGUUUUUAGUGGGUUGGGUUGCCCUGAAGCUGCUGUCAUCUGUGGGAUGAAUAUCUCCUGGCUUUUGUCCAGCGCUUCCGAAGAUGAUUUGAAGGAAAUGUGCCUAAGCGAGGAAGAGUACCUGACCACUCACAUGGGGCCUCGAAUGUCCCCGUGGUUCUUACCUGUUUGCAUCACCUACCUCAUCAUCUUCUUGGUGGGUGUUCUGGGGAACUCCUUCACCUGUGCUGUUAUUCUGCAACACAGUGUCAUGCAAACAGCCACCAACUACUACCUGCUGAGCCUGGCUGUCUCCGACCUGCUGGUGCUGCUGCUGGGCAUGCCGCUGGAGGUCUAUGAGAUGCAGGAGAACUAUCCAUUCCUGCUCGGCAAGGGGGGCUGCUACUUUAAAAUCUUCUUGUUUGAGACCGUCUGCUUUGCCUCCAUCUUAAACGUGACAGCUCUCAGCGUGGAACGCUACGUGGCGGUCACCGAACCCCUGAAAGUCAAGCAUGUGGCCACGCGUGCUCAUGCCAGGAGGGUCAUCUUCAUGCUAUGGGGGCUGUCCAUGCUGUGUGCUCUGCCCAACACCAGUGUUCACGGGAUUAAGGUUCUGUCUCCAAGGUUUGGACGAGAGUUUCCGCGUUCGGCAGUCUGUAAUUUAAUAAAGCCUGACUGGAUGUACAACCUGAUCAUCCUGAUCUCAACUCUGGUGUUCUUCAUGCUCCCCAUGUUGGUUAUCAGCAUCCUUUACUUGCUCAUUGGUUUGAGGUUACGCAGGGAGAAGCUCAUGGCAACCAUGGAUGCAAACCACAGCUUUGGACCUGGAAGCAUCUCCAAGUCCCACAGGCAGAGGCUGACCAAACGGAACCUGCAAGUCACAAAAAUGCUGUGCGUGUUGGUGGUUGUCUUCGGUCUUUGCUGGGCUCCCUUCCAUGUGGACCGCUUGAUGUGGAGCUACAUUGACAAAUCGUCUAUUCAGCACCAGAAGAUCUUCGAGAAAGUCCACAUCGUCUCCGGAGUCUUCUUUUACCUCAGCUCAGCGGUUAACCCCAUUCUGUACAACCUCAUGUCUACCAGAUUUAGAGAAAUGUUCAGCCACCUCACAUGCUGCUCCAAAGGCUGGCCAGCUCGCUUCGGGUUUCAGAUGACUCAGCGCAGCACUUUGAGCAAAGAAAAUGACCAACACUCAUAAACUGAUUUAGCUUUCAACAGGUAUUGACUCAAAAACUAUCAGAAGCAAAUCCCCGAAACCAUGAAAAAGAUGUGCAACUGAUGGAUGAUGGCUUGAAGGGUUCAGAUGUGAAUUUGGAUUGAAGCAAACAUCUGCAGAGAGUUGUACCACCACAGUCUGCACAAGCUCAAAUUUUAAAGAUUAAACAUCUUUAAAAAUACGUAUUUGGUUUUCAAGAAACCACACAAUCUCUGUAUUUUCCUCACAGGGUUAAAAAUGGAGAGAACAGUGGUCACAUGAUUGUAUGAUUUUAUAGAAAGUCACCAUCAUUUUGUGUCUACAUAGUGUACAACUCUAUGGCCUUCAGGGAUUAAAAUGCAGCAUCUUGAAAAACUGCACCAAGAAAGCAUCUGGAAUCUUCUAUCAGUGAGACAAAACCCCACAAUUUCAGAUUUUUGGAGAUAUGAAUGAAUAAAAAUACAUCUUGACACAAGGUCAAGGACUGCUCCAACUUUCAUUCUUAAAUUAACCAUUACAAAAAAUGUAUAAUGUGACUGUCUUCAUUGCCAAACAUGUGUGUUUAACUGCUGUUGUAAGUCUGAAUAAUGAGCUGCACUGCUGUAAUCAAGCUGUUAAAAAAGGCCUAGAAAUGGUUCAGUGCAGCACGGUAGCUCACAUCUGAAAAUUGACAUCUAGAAAUCUGUAUUGCUACCUUUUAUUUUAACUUUGUAAAACCAACUACAUCAAAAAACUGAUGGAAAUUCUUUUUUUUUUUUUUUAUUGAGAUGUUUUUUCAAUUCUUUGAUGAAAUCCACAAAAACCUUCUGCAACAUAUAGACUGUAUCAAUUAUGAUAGGUUGGGUGAUUUGGUCAAUAUUUGGCCCACAACAAUUUUAGUUUCAGAUCCACAAAUAUUUAUAUGUGUGUUCAGAAAAAAGACCUUAUUUAUCUCCUGUCUCAAAUUUGAUCCACACAUUUUACAUGGUGUAGCUGUACAUAACUGUCCAUUUGCAGAAUAUUAAUUAUUUCAAUGUUAUAUAUCGUGAGCCUUAAGUACCUCCCACAUCUAGUAUACUGUUUUGCAGAAAACCCAAAGCGAAGAAGGAAGAUGGUGAUUUGUUGUUGUAAAAAGUUAUUCAAUUCUUAUUUUCAAAGAGCGUAACUUUAACAUACUUCAGAAAUAUUUGUGUUCCAUUCAGUAAUUAGGGAGACAUAACGAUUUUUGCCUUUUUACCCUUGUGCUAUCUUAGACGACCCCACCCUUACAUUGACGUGUUCUCCCUACCAUGACA